AUGAAAGCCAAGAUUUCUGUUCGUCUAGCCAAUCGCUGCGCAUUUUACAUCUCCGUCCCCACCAAUCCCCCCCCCUUCUCCCUCUUACGACUUGCGGACCCAAACCAAGUGACUGUAUCUCGUUCCAAGAUGGACUUACCUCCCAAUUUCUCGAAAAUAUUUCAAUUCAUGUCGCUGGUCGGCCAGUUAAAGCGUGUUCGUCGUACUGGUUGGGUUAAAAGAAAUGUUAGCAACCCCGAGAGUGUAUCUGACCAUAUGUACAGAAUGUCAUUACUCGCAUUCCUUGCAGAGCCAUCAGCUGGCUUAGACCGAGAAAGGUGUAUUAAACUUGCUCUGGUACAUGAUAUGGCUGAGAGUAUUGUUGGGGACUUGACCCCUUCCGAUAACGUCUGCAAGCAGGAGAAACACAGAAGAGAAGAGACGGCUAUGAAGCAUAUCAGUGGUUUGGUUGGAGAUCGUAUCGGAAAUGAGCUCUUCCAGUUAUGGGAGGAAUACGAGCUUCAAACGAGCAAGGAAGCUGAAUUUGUCAAAGACUUAGAUAAAUUUGAAAUGAUUAUGCAAGCUUACGAAUACGAACAGUUGGAUAAAAAACCCAAAUAUCUUCAAGAAUUCUUUGACAGUACAAGAGGUUUGUUCAAAACGUCUCAAGUGCAGUCUUGGGUAGAGGAAUUGGAAAAAAUCAGGGACAGUCCUUAG